UUAAUUAUUAAUUUUAAUUGUUUACUUUUAAUUAAUUACUGUUUUAUUUAAUAUUUACUUUUUGUUGACAAAUCGUAACUGGAGAAUCAGCAAUGUUCAGCCAAGGUCUUUUGUUUGUCGUUCUUCUGUCAAUUUUAUUGAGAAGUGGUGAAAUGAAGAAACCGACGACUAGAAUUUUUGGUGGCGAAAACGUGGAUCGAGGAGAUUUACCAUACAUGGCACUUGUGAAGCAAUUGGUACGUGGCGAUAUUUGUGGCGGUGCAAUUAUCAGCGAGAGGCACAUUUUAACUGGUGGAAUGUGUGCAAAAUAUCAUACAAGACCAUUUGAUCGUUCAAUUGUCAUUACUGGAACUGUUAGUUUGGAUUACGGUGGAAUAAUUCAUCGUAUAAUGCACGCAAUCGCUCAUCCUCUAUUUCAUAGACAUUAUCCGGAUAGUAUUCGUUAUGAUAUUGGCGUUAUCACUCUGUGUGACGAGAUAAAAUUCAAUGUCCUUCAAAAACCGGUGAAAUUGCCAACUCAUCCAGUGAGAGAUGGCGAGGAAGCGAUUAUUUCUGGCUGGGGUCAUACAGAAACUGAAAAAAAUCCGGAUAUUUUACAAAAGUUGGUCACAAAUGUCUAUUCAGUAAAAACUUGUGCCAAAAUGGCAGAGUCAAAAUCAUUUGCCGAUGGAAGUCGAAUUUGCACAAAAAGUGAGAAAGGAAAGGGAUUUUGUAACUUUGACAAUGGCAGUCCAUUGGUUGUUAAUGGAGUAAUAGUUGGAAUUGCUUCAUUGUUAUAUGGUUGUGGUACUGGCGAAAUUGAUCAAUAUGCCAAUAUUUAUAGAUGUAUGAAUUUUAUUUCAGAGGAAAUGCAGAGUGGUUGUUCAAAUCCAAAUUUUUAUAAUUUUCUUCUUGAAUAUUAUAAUAAUAAUAAUAAUAAUAAUAAAAAUAAUAAUCAUGAUUAUAAUUUUAAUCACGAUAUUAUUGAUAGUGACGAUAAUGAUCAUUUUGAAAAUGAUUAUGAUAAUGGUAAUCGUAAUGCUCACUCAAAAAUAAAUUGUCAAACGUGUUUUGAUCAUUGUUGGGAUAAAGAAAUUAAAAGUGAUUACACUCUUUAUGUGUAAAAUGUCUGUUGAACUAAUUAAAGAAUUUUAUAUUCUAAUUAAAGAAAAGCGAAGAGAAAAAAUUUUGUUCAGUUUUCUCCUAUUCAACCUCCGGCG